UGGAAAUAAUGACUUCUCAGAAAAGACAAAACCCGAAUGUGAGAAGAAUAAGUCGGUUGCUAAGACUAUUGAUAGUGAACGUGCAAACUAUAUCCAAAAGAAUUAUAUCGAAAAACUUAAUACAGAGCUGUUAGAAG